AUGACCAACGUCGACGCCGCUCAGGUCCUUAAACAACCGACCGGAGCAUUCGACAUCGACCUUCCCUUUACGAGCUACGACGAUUCGCAUCCGUUGCAUUUUUCCUCUCGUCCCUCGGAGAAAAUCGAUGGAUUCUGGUAUAUCAUCGGCUCGUCGUUGCCUCUUUGGAAACCAAAGAAGAAUGUCGUAAUUCGAUACAUUCCUCAUCCCGAUGCGAAUGCGAAUGAGGUUAGGUUUACAGACGAGAUUCGUUCCGAGUCUCGCUCGAAAUCGGCUGAAUCAGAGGUGGUUUCAUCGUCGGAGUUGCAGUCCAAGUGGAAAAAGGAAGAGAACUGGCUGAACAAGGCAUUUGGUAUAAAGGGAACAAAUGUGUUGCAGAAAGACGCUAAGAAUGGCGCUUCGUACCAAUGGACCGGGAACGGACUGCUACGAUUCUUCCACUCCAAAUGGCAGGUCAUCGGUUACGGUCCUUACGACCUCGACGAUACAUCGCGUACCAAGUUCGACUGGCUCGUCACGUACUUUGAAAAGACGCCCGCCACCCCCGCCGGCAUCGACGUGUACGUCCGAGACCCGCGCAACAUGCCCGACUCCACUUCUAAAGCCAUCCUGGAACGCAUGAAAGCGUUGAAGACCAAGUAUGAACAGGACCCCGACGAGAAGCGCAAACAGCUUGCAGAGGAGCUCUCGAAGCUUGCCCAGCAAUACUUUGACAUUCCGCACGACGUAUAA